UACAUUUUAAAACCCUCAGAUAAUUUCAAACUGGAAGUACAGAACCAGCCUGAUGGAGGGAAAUUCAUCGAGAUGGUUUUACAAAACCCGUUAGACCGAGAGAAAGAGGAGACUCACACACUGGUGCUGAUUGCUUCAGAUGGAGGGGAGCCACACAGAUCAGGGACAGUGCGUAUUCAUAUCACUGUGCUAGAUGCUAACGAUAAUGCACCAGUGUGCAGUCAGCCUGUUUAUAAAGCUGAUGUGAAGGAGAACUCUUCUGAAGGAACAGUGGUGACCACUGUUAGUGCGAAUGACGCUGAUAAAGGAAUCAAUGGCGAGAUAACAUUCUCUAUAGGCCAUGUCGCUAGAGAAGCGAAGCAGCUUUUUGCAGUAAAUCUUAAAACUGGGGAGAUUAAAGUUUCAGGUAAACUGGAUUUUGAAAAAUCUAAGACUUAUCAAUUAAAUGUUAAAGCGAGUGAUCACGGGGGAUUUUCAGACACUUGCAAAGUCAUUAUUCAGAUAAUUGAUGAGAAUGACAACGUCCCCACGAUACAGCUGAUGUCAUUUUCUAACUCGAUAUCCGAGGAUUCUCCUCCAGGUACAACUAUAGCUGUUGUUAACGUUGAUGACGAAGACUCAGAUGGUAACGGUGUUGUCAAGUGCUCCAUCAACUCAGACAUACCUUUCAAAAUCGAGUCUUCAUUAACAGGAUAUUACAGUAUAGUCACCGAUAACCUCUUAGACAGAGAAAGUAUUCCUGAGUAUAAUAUCACCAUCACCGUGUCUGACCAUGGCUCCCCGCCUCUGUCUAGCAGUAAAAACAUUAAUGUAAAAGUGUCUGACGUGAAUGACAGCCCACCCAAAUUUGAUGAGUCAGAAUAUAGUAAGACUGUACCAGAGAACAACUCUCCUGGGUUUUCUGUGUUCACUCUGAGUGCCAGUGAUGCAGACUGGGGCCAAAACGCUCGGGUUUCCUACUUUGUGGAGGAGAAAGAGAUUAAUGGGGGUUUCCUACUUUGUGGAGGAGAAAGAGAUUAA